ACGGGAAAGGGAAGGUCCCGUAGCGAAGAAAUCUGGUAUAUGAUGAAGGAAGGUUCUGCUACCAUGAGUUCUUCAGCUGCAAAUCCCAAGAUUCUGUACAGGAAUUCUCGCCUACUCCGUAUGGUGUUCCUACAACUCCAUCGCCAACAAAGGGCUGACUUAUUUUGUGAUGUUGUCCUACAAGCAGAAGGCGAAGCUGUUCCAGCUCAUUGUUGCAUCCUGUCGGCCUGCAGCCCCUUCUUCACAGAGCAGUUGGAGCGAGAAAUGCCCCCCAAGGGACACAAGGUGGUGCUGGAAAUUCGGGGGCUGAAAAUUGGGACGUUGCGUAAAUUGAUAGAUUUCCUCUACACAUCUGAAAUGGAGGUGUCCCGGGAAGAAGCCCAGGAUAUUCUUGCAGCUGCACGACAGCUUCAGGUGUCAGAGCUAGAUUCCUUACAGUUAGAGGGAGGAAAGUUAGUAAAAAAAACAUUGGGCCGGCGAUUAAACAGGAACUGUUUGCAGCUAGCCAGUCCAGUGUCCAUGUCAGAGGCAAGUUUAAUUCAUUCUCCCUCUGGAGGUAGCUUGACAUCCUGGGUAGCCGCAGGCAAGCAAGCAAUAUCCAGCAGUGAUUUUAUACCAUGCUCCAAAGAAAUAAGUAGCCACAACAGUACUGAUCAAAAGGAUGUAAAGAAGCAAAAGCUUACUGCAGCAUUGCUGGGUAGGGACAAGCAGGUUCCAAAAGGCCAAACAAUUACUGCUGAUCCCCUGAAAAUGAAAGUUAAAAAACGCCCUUCAGGCACAGUAAGGACUAUAGUGGGCAGUAAUGAGAAUGGUGGUCUGCACAGAAAGGAGACUGAGGCUGGAGAGACGCACGCUAGAGCCAGUUUGCAGGAUUCAAAAAAGAUAAAGCUCAGCCGUCCAAAGCUUUCUGCACCACCUUUGUCUGUGCCUUGUGCCACCAAAGACCACUGCACUGUGACAUCCAGCAAAUCCUCAAGGUCUGUUAGACGUCUCUGGAGACAAAAAUGUCCUGGCAAGGAUGAGGCAAGAAGAGAAGAUAGUAACCAUUUUUGUGGCUUCUGGAGCCCCCCUCUCCUUCCAAAAUCUACUAAAGGCAGAAAGCGCAGCUCCAGCGAGCCGGUGUCCAGCUCAAACCGUCCCCAAGAAGUAGGUCAGAUUGGCCGGGUAAAGCUCAGGAAAAUUAUCAAUGGCAGCUGCUGGGAAGUGGUGCAAGAAUCACCUGCUGUGCAGCCCACCAUGGUGGCAAAUGCUGUGUGCACUUUGAAAGACGAGGGCUCCCAGUCUCAGCCCAAACAUCCUAAACCAGAAAUGGCAGAUGUGCAGCAGUUGGCCUGGUCUGCUAAACUGCUCCCUACAACUUUUGAGGCUGCACCAGCUCCUGAAAGGAGUGUGGUAGAACUACAUGAGACCAAGGUGGCCUUAGAUGAAGGAGAUGGUGCUGCUGGGAAUCAUUAUGACAUGAAUGUAUUUAUGCUGGACCAUCUGGCCAAGGGAGAGCAGUAUGAUAGCCUUGCUUCAGCUGGAGAAUUGGAACAGAUGCUAGACUUGCUUCUGGCUGAUGAGGAUGCCACUGGGGGAAUCCAGAGCACCACUAUUACACAAGGCCUGUGUGUGUCACCCCAUGCAAAUGAGAAUGCCCUGGGAAGUUUUGGAAUUGAAGAAAAAGAGAAGCGUUGUGCAGUUGGUCCACAGUUAGACAAGAUAAAACUUAGUCUCCAGCAAGAGGCCCCUGAGCUGAAAAUCACCAAAAGAGCCGGUGACUCAACAAAUGGGGGCCCUUUGUUGGACCCUGUCCUUAGCUAUCUUCCUGAGCCUAAUGGUGACUGUCUUUCCUUGUGCAUGUCAGCCUCUCCCCCGCUGGGGGGUUGGGCAGCAGCUCAGUGUCAGCUGUCUGAAUCCACAAAUGGGACUGCCAAGUUUGCUGCGCCUUUGCCUGUCACUUGGACGGGUGAUGAGGACCAAGGGCUUCUAACCUAUGAUGUGGGAAUCUCAGAUGCAGAAAUGCAGUCACUUACUGAAGCAGUGCUGAGCAACCCUGGGCAGCACAAUCUGGGCUGCAAGCUGCCGUCCUUCUUAGCCAGCCUAGAAGAAGAAAACGUAGAUGUUGGUGGGGUAGAGGAGCUCUUUCUUAAUAUUGAAUGUGUCCGGCCAGAUCCCUCUCCUGUAUCUGAAACUGAGGUGGAUGUUCUGAGCUAGUGAGUGCAAGCGGUGGCAAGGAGUUGCUUUGACUACUUGGU